GUAUAGAUACGAAAAUAAUCGUUUUGGUAAAUGGUAGUAAACAAACGAAGAGACGACGCCGUAUCGACUGAAUAGAGAAAAAGCGUUGCAGGCGGCUGCUCUUCUCCCUCGGCGAGGCACGCGCCUCUGCAACUCCUUGCGCAGAGCUCAGUGAAAUACAGGUAUAUUGUUUUUGACGGAUCAUCAUGGGCAUGAAUCGCCUACCUUUUGAAGCUGGCCAAGAGGUUGAAUGCAGGUCGUUUAUCCCGGGUUAUCGCGGUGCGUGGUUCCGUUGUAAGAUAAAGGAAUACGGCUUGAGACAAGCUCGGUUGUCGUCUAGCAUGGAGUAUAUUGACUUUCCUGAUGAAAAAGUGAAGUGGACAAGAGUAUAUCAAAAAAUCCCUGGUGUUGGUAAGAAGUCAAAGUCAUUAAAAGUGCAAUUGAUGUUGCGUCCUCAGUUUCCUCCCAUCUAUAAUAGAAGUACAAUACCUGAUGCCAAUACCAGAGCAGAAGUGGUGGUUAUUGUCAACGAUGAUUGGAAAGUGGGAGAUUUAGUUGAUUGGUGGAAGGAUGGUUGUUAUUGGUCUGGAAGAAUAACAGAAAUAUUGGGGAAUGAGAGCUUUAAGUUUGAUUUGCCACCUCCUCCAGAUGGUGAAGGAUAUUCCUAUGAAGUUUCUUCCAAGGAAUUGCGCCCAUCCUUGGAUUGGUCUCCAGAGAAUGGUUGGACAGUACCCACACCCAUGGAGGGUGAACAUGUGCAUCCUUGUGCUCGAGUAAUGAAGCCUGGGGAAGUUCCAAGCUGUACAGCCCAUGCUGUGGGUGAUGAAAGUAGGUGUCUCCAAGCUUUUGCUACAGCAUCACAUCGUUCACCUUCUUCUCACGUGUCUGCUAGCUCAUUGCAACCUCCUAAAGGAUUAGAGGAAAUGGCAAAGCAACCUCUAGGCACUAUAAAAACUACGGAGAAGCCACCACCAGAUGUAAAUGUUGGAUCCGAUAUGGCAGAUAGUGGGAUUGCGAAGGCAAGUUGCUCAGAUAGUGUUUCAAGUUCGCAUGUUAAAAGUGAGCCAAAGGGGAUGCAAAGAAGUGCAACCGGAGAAGAUAGAGUUGACAACAAUGUGUCGUUGAAGAAAAUGAAAACGGAUGGGAACAUAGUUUUAAAUUCGACGAAGUCUGAUACAUUAGAAGCUGCAAUUCUGGACUUGGAGGAACUUGUAAGCCGGGUUAAAUGGAUGAAGGGCGUCUUAGAGAUUGGAAUGCCUUUGACAAGUGCCACGCGCCCCACUUGGAAGUUUCUGUGACAUCAUCCUUGUCCUCGCCAAAACGAGAGGUUUCCCUCCCAGUAAGUGUACCUAUCGUGAAAUUUUUUUACCGGCGUUUAAAUUGUUACUAACUCAUGCUCAUCUGUUUUGACUGUUUUCUUUUUACGAACUUCUUUUGGGGUGAAUGUGAAGCACAUAUUGAAAGGAAUGAACUUUAUGCAUAACUUUCCGUACAAAA